AUGGGAUUGGCUCGAGUAUCACAGACCCUUGUAGGUCUUUUGGCUCUCCAGCCUGCUCUUAUAGCAGGCCUCCCGGCCCCUGAACCUGUCCCAUCUCCCCCUGGUGUCCCGUCUGCUUCAACAGCCAAGAGCGAGUUGGCCGGACUGGCAGUGGCUCCCCAAGGGUCUCAAGAGGGUUAUUCUCGGAGCAAAUUUCCUCAUUGGAUCAAACAAACUGGCAGUUGCGACACCCGUGACGUCGUGCUCAAGCGAGAUGGGACGAAUGUGGCACAGACUUCGAGUGGCUGUACCACCACCAGUGGCACAUGGGUUUCACCAUAUGACGGUGCAACCUGGACUGCUUCCAGUGACGUCGAUAUUGACCAUCUUGUUCCGCUGUCAAAUGCCUGGAAGUCGGGGGCAUCUGGAUGGACCACCGAGGCUCGACAAGGCUUCGCAAACGAUUUGACUCAUCCUCAACUCCUGGUAGUGACGGAUAAUGUGAAUGAGUCGAAGGGUGAUAAAGGCCCCGAGGAAUGGAAACCUCCACUUGCCUCGUAUUAUUGCACAUACGCUGAAAUGUGGGUGAAGGUCAAGUCGGUUUACAAUCUUACCAUCACAUCCGAUGAGAAGUCUGCGCUCUCUGAUAUGCUCAGUACUUGCUAG